UAUUAUUUUUUACGUUGUUUUAUUUAUUUAUUUCACGUACGAUGACCUGGGCUGACGCAAUGUGGAUUUACACGCUUGUUUUGGGAUUGCUCGUCAUGUCCAUGUUUGCGGAGGCCAAGAGGAAUGCCCUGCAGGACUACCAAAGGUCCGACAGCCUCAAACUGGUCGUGUCCUCCCCAGAUCCCUCCUCCCACCUGACCAGGAGCAGGAGGGUCUCCAUGGCCAGGUGUGCUCGGGCCUGCAGCCGAAACAAGAGACUACCCUUCCCCUGCAGAGCUUUCCUCUAUGACCAUAAAAACAGGAAGUGCCAGUGGUUGUCCUUUGACCGGAACUCUCCAGGAGUCCAGGCUGUGCAGAACUUCAACUUUGACCUGUACCAGAAGAAAGACUACAUUCGUGAGUGCAUUGUGGGUACUGGGCAGAGUUACCGCGGGCGAAGAUCAGUGACAGUGGAUGGGGUCAUGUGUCAGGCCUGGUCCUCACCCAUCCCACACGAGCACAAGUUCAUGUCGAGGAGAUUUCGGAAGAAGGACCUGCGGGAGAACUACUGCAGGAACCCAGACAACUCAACGGUGGGCCCCUGGUGCUUCACCACUGACCCUCGGCCCCACAUGAGACACCAGGAGUGUGGCAUCCCUCAGUGCUCUCAGGUGGAAUGUAUGACAUGCAAUGGGGAGGACUACAGGGGACCUAUGGACCACACAGAGUCUGGGAAGGAGUGCCAGCGCUGGGACCUGGAGGAGCCCCACAAGCACCUGUACCACCCCAAAAGGUACCCAGAUCGAGGCCUGGAUGAUAACUACUGCAGGAACCCGGACGGGCGGCAGCGACCCUGGUGCUUCACCACAGACCCCCAGACGCCCUGGGAGUAUUGUCACAUCAGAGCCUGUGACACUCCUCCUAAGCACACAGUGGAGGAGACCACAGAGUGUACCAAGGGCCGAGGAGAGGGCUACAGAGGGACGGUGGACACGACUCCCACAGGCCUGACCUGUCAGCGCUGGGACAGACAGUACCCACACAACCACUCCUUCAUCCCUGAUGCCUACCCCUGCAAAGACUUGAGGGAGAACUACUGCAGGAACCCGGACGGUCGAGAGUCUCCCUGGUGCUUCACCACAGACCCAAGGGUGCGCAUGAUGCUGUGCACUCACAUCCCCCAGUGUGGAGCCCAUAACAAGCCCCUCAAUGACUGCUACGAAGGGUUCGGUGAGAAUUACCAAGGAGACCUGUCCAGGACGCGCUCCAGCCUGCCCUGCGCCCCCUGGAGGGAGCACGCCAACAGUGGUGAGAGGGGGAUGCAGAUGCCAGGUUUGGAGGGCAACAUGUGCCGAAACCCGGAUAAGGACAAACAUGGGCCUUGGUGUUAUACAAACAACUCAGCCAUACCAUGGGACUAUUGCAGUAUAAAGCAAUGUGAGAUUCCACAGAACACCCUUCCACUGGGGGAGCUGUCGUCCGUGGGCUGCUUCAUCCACAAGAGGCCCAGGAUUGUGGGAGGCAGUCAGAUCAACAUCACAGAGGGCAGCUGGAUGGUCAGCAUACAGAAAGGGUCCAUGCACUGGUGUGGAGGCUCCCUGAUCCGAGAGGAGUGGGUCUUGACCGAUCAGCAGUGCUUCUCCUCAUGUGUUCCAGACCUGAGCGAGUACAGGGUGUGGUUGGGAAUUUCCAGUGUCGAAGAGGGAGCUCCCGAUUGGUCGAGAGGACAGGAAAUCAGCAUCGCUCAUGUGAUCUGUGGGCCGGAGGGAUCCAGCCUGGCUCUUAUACGACUAUCCAAGCCGGCCCGCCCCGCAGACACGGUCCACACCAUCCAGCUGCCUGUGGCUGGCUGCUCCAUCCCCGAGGGCACCCUGUGUAGGAUGUACGGCUGGGGAGAGACCAAAGGCACGGGCCAUGAUGAGGUGUUGAAGGCAGUUAACCUCCCCAUCGUGAGCAACGAAAGGUGUGAGAAUCUGCACAAGGGAAACCUACGGAUCAACAACAACAAGAUCUGUGCAGGAGGGAGGAAGAACGAAGGAGUCUGUGAGCGGGACUAUGGCGGGCCCCUGGUGUGUCGGGACGGGGACAUCCGGGUGAUCGUGGGCGUGAGCGUGCACGGACGAGGCUGUGCACGCACCAACCAACCCGCUGUCUUCAUCAACGUACCCUUCUACACACAGUGGAUCUACAAGGUCUUCAAGCUCUACCCCAACCCAUACCUGGUGUAGGCCCGCUCCCAACCCAGACCUGGUGCAGUCUGGUGAGGACCCAAAGAACAGAACUGGACUACUGUAAAGACUCUGCUGCUCUGGUGGUGCUCCAGAACCUGCCGUGGUAAACAUGCAAAGAGAAGAGAGAAUUAUGAAUGUAUUGUCAAUGGAAAUUCAAGACAAAAGAGUUUUGCUUAAACGCAUCUAUUCACAUGCUCACAAAUGAAGUUCAAAAUUGUUAAGACUAUAAAUAUAAAAACAUGACUUUGCAUAUAUUUAUAUCUGCAGCUGAGUUUCUGCAGAUAAUGAUGCCUUUGAAUGCUUGGAGUUAAAUACAGUGCCAUCUAUUGAUAUCUUGUCCAUGGUCAAAUCUGUGGGACGUAGGCAGCUUUGAGUUGUAGUAGAGACCAUAACCAGGACUGGCCCAAACCGCUGUCCUUGGUUGGCCAAUUGUGUUGAGUAUUACCAGGCCAAGGGUCAAACUUAAUCUGUUCUUGGAUGCAAAUAGCUAAUCGGCGUAGACAUUUAUAGAGCUCAAUGUUAAAAGUCAAAUUCUCAUUAAUUUUCCACUUAGAACAUUGUAAUGGUAAGAGUCCAUCAGAGUCUAACCAAAUAUGUGGUGACUAAUAUCCAUAACACAAUCGUAAAAAAAUGAAAAAAAAACAAAAGAUCUGACAAACCAGGCCAAAGCGUUAUCAAAUUAUCUGCAACAUUAGAGUGCAGUGUUUGAAAUUUAAGUGCAUCUGUUCCUGCAUCUGUACCUCAAAAAACACCGAUGCGUGAAAUGUUUGAAUAAUUUCAUAAAAGUAUAAAGGUUUAUAAAGUUUCAGAGAACAGAUUUUAUAUACUAUUUUAGGUCUUGUGAUCAUUAGUUUCGACAUAGCUGAUUAGCCCUGAGCAGUCUUUCAAACUUUUCACUUUUUUUGUUUUUUUUUUGUUUUUACUUCCUGAAAACCAAGUGGUGGGCAGUCACUGUUGAGCUCUAUUAUUGUGCUGUAGAAGAACAGACCAGUUUGGCCUCCCUCACAGCCGGUCUAACCAGUGUGUAGACCCAGUUAACAGUCAUGCAUGUAAAAGCUAUUUCUUUUUAACCAAUAAUUCCUUUUUUUUAUCUUUUCCCCAAAUUUGUCAAUGGUCUCAAUAUUAACAGAAGGCACUGUACACCAUGUCCAAAAGUCACUUCCAUCUAUCACCCACUUUUUUUAGCAGAAAAUCUCCAGUCUUCAUUAUAGUUGGACACAGUUUGCUUCCUGGCAUUACUUGAAUCACCGAUAGACCAAAGACAUGGACCCAUGCAUGAACAGACUGAGAGCAUCCACCGGGGGGCGCCGCUAAGGACACUGGGCCGAGCUCGCGUGAAGUGCUCCUUAUGUACAUAGUAUUUUAAUGAGUGCGUUUCUGACACUCGCGUAUACAUUUGGGUCUUAUAGAUCUAUGAGCAGAAUGUUUGAAGUGUAACUUUUGUACAGUUUUGUCAUGUAAGCAUUUCACAAUUUCAUUAUGGUCAAAUUUUAUGUCUUAUCCAACAACCAAUCGAAGGUGAAAAUAUGGUGUCUACAGAGAUUAAAGGUGCAUUGUGAAACUUUUCUGAUGCAGGUUGUCUCCAUGCAGAGGUGGGCAGUAGUUACAUUUACUCAUUUAUCUGGGUAACUUUUUAAAGAGCGGGUAUUUUAUUCCUAUGGGGAUAUUAACCGCUAACCUAUAACAUAUUUAGAUCACAUGUUACCUUUUAUUGUUUUGAAAACGUUAGUCGGUGAAAACAACAUAUUAACAUGUUUUAUAAGUUCACUUUUGUUUUUGACGCUCUAAGUCUUCCCUCCCUUUGGUCACUCCCCCUUCAGAGCGAUAUCACAACACAAUCAGCAGUUUUUGGCUACUCCACCCACUUCUUUCUCCAUGAUAUUAUUGCUUUACCUGGCAUGUUUCGCAGUAUGGCUUUAAACUUAUCUGUCUUACAUUUAUUCAAAAACAGGCGUCUUCAAUCGGUUAAAAAAUACAUUGAAGAACAUGCAUUCUGACUGCAGGUGGUAUCACCUCUCCACAGAUCUGACCUGUACUUAGUCUGGUAGUAUCAUGUGCUUGUCUGUGGAGACAGAUAUGUUAAAUGCCAUACUGUAUAACAUUACAGGCAAAGCCAUAGCAUUGCUAUGGAUACAAAGAGGUAGAAAUCCUUCACCAGAAAAGUUUCAUUAUGGAGCUUUUUGAGAAUGAAAAUUUAAAACUCAAGAAAUUUGGAUCUUCAUGAAUCAAAAAAGCUAUAAUAUUUAAGUUAUAUCUUGAGAAACAAAUAAGCAAGCACUAGUUAGUUAUUUUCAUAUGAGAUAACUACAAUAACUACAGCAUAAUUUUAUAUAAAGUAAAUAUUUAAUGUGCGUUUGUUAAGGCAAAACAAUUAGUUUAUUUUUUCAUUUUCUUUAUUGCACUAAAAACAUUAGUCCUUGCUGUGAGCAGCUUGCAUCUCCACAAACCUGACUCUUAUUUGGCCUGGAAAAAGGCCUCUUCCUGCUUGUUUUCAUGGAAAUGUUCCUUUGGCUUUAAUCUUCCGCAGUAUGGCAUAAGACUCAUCUAUCUCCAUGGAGAAUGUUCCAAAGUAUGCUUUUACCUUUCUAUGUCCAUGGACUCAUGGCAGGUGACAUGCGGCUUCCAGAAAGUUACACACUGUACCUUUAAAGUAAAUAAUAAAAUAGCUACUAAUAAAUCUUGAAGUUCCCAGUCAAAAUAUGGGCUCACAAAACUAUUCAUUAUUAAUACAGAAACAUGCAAUUUAUUCUCAAGCUAUAACUUAUUCACAACCAGUCUGUCUGUUUUCUCCAUAACAAUAAUAUGCUUUAUAUAAUGUUUCAUAUAUGUGUUUGUAUAUUAGCAUCACAUUAGCUGUCACAAUAUUGUUAAUAAAAUACAAUCUGUUGUUGACUGAACGAUCCUUUUUGAGUCAAGUGGAAGCACUGAAGAGGCUUAAGCUGCUAUGUUUGAUGAACCCUGUACAUUGCUGUUGUAUGUAUAUGACUGUAUAUGCCCUAUAGGAGUAUAUUACCCAUAAUACACCUCUAAUGUAUUUGUUCAGUGUUAUAAUAAAGUUUAGAUUCUUUGUUUUGU